AUGUCGUACAUACUCCCGCACCUGCACAACGGCUGGCAAGUGGAUCAGGCCAUCCUCUCGGAAGAAGACCGCGUGGUCGUCAUUCGGUUGGGACACGACUGGGACCCUACUUGUAUGAAGAUGGACGAGGUUCUGUACAGCAUAGCUGUAAAAGUUAAAAAUUUCGCAGUUAUUUAUCUUGUGGAUAUUACAGAAGUACCUGACUUCAACAAAAUGUAUGAGUUAUACGAUCCGUGCACUGUCAUGUUUUUCUUCAGGAACAAGCACAUCGUGAUCGAGCUGGGUACUGGCAACAACAAGAUCAACUGGGCCAUGGAAGACAAGCAGGAGAUGAUCGACAUCAUCGAGACGGUGUACCGGGGGGCCCGGAAAGGCCGCGGCCUGGUCGUGUCCCCGAAGGACUACUCCACCAAGUACAGAUACUGA